ACUUGAAUUCAAAUUCAGUUUUCGUUUCGGGUCGUGUAAAAUUCGAUAAUAUAGUCCGUUUAUAACAAAGUCAGUCAUUUUGGAGCCGCCGGACGACACGCGCCAUAUCCGAUACUUAAAAGGAUUACCACCAGCUUGUUUGCCAAAAAAAAAAAAAAAAAGAAACAAAAUGGUGUUUUUGUCUUGGACUCGUCCUUCACCCAAACAACAGAAAGAUUGCCUCAACAAGGCAGGUACAUUCAAUUAUGAUGAAAAAUACAUCGGAGCUACUGCAAAACUACAAUUAUCAGAAGAUAUUAAUAAACAACAACUUGAAAAAGAUGGAUUUGUAAUCAAUCAUUCUAAAAUGUUGGUGGGCUCAGGCCCAGAUGCUUUUUCAAAAGGAAAAACUGCUCUUCAAACUUGGAGGCAUUUCGGAUUGAGUUGGGCAUUUGUUGAUCCAAAGACACCGAUCGAGAAUGGGGUGAAGUUUUGUGUUUGCGUGAAGGAGUUUGUUCCAUGGCUCAGGAUGCCUUUGCAGGUUGUUUAUGUUAAUGAGACUAAAAACAAUAAGACCAAUAUUGCGUCUUUUGGUUUUGGUGGUGGCACACUCAGAGGACACUUGCUGUCUGGAGAAGAGCGCUUUUCAGUUGAGAUGGAUGGAGACAAACAAGUUUGGUAUGAAAUACUUUCCUUUUCUAAACCAGCACAUCCUCUUGCUAUAAUUGGGUAUCCAUAUGUAUGUCUUAGGCAAAAGUAUUUUGCUCACAAGUCUACCGAUGCAGUUAGAAAAUUUGUGUCCUCUGAUUAACUACUCCCACAAAAUUCUGCUAUUGUAAUUUUAUAUACUUAAUUAUUUUUUCGUUUCCUUUUUA